UAUUUUGUAAUGAAACAUACAUUUUUAUUUAUUUUACUAAUCGAACCAAGUAUCUGUUUGAAAUAAAUAUUUUAACGGAUAAUCGGUUAAAAGAUAUUUAUGGUAGCAAACCAAUAAUAAGAUUGGUAAUCCAAACAAAACGAAGGACAAAUAACUACAAAACCUCAGAUAUCCUACUCAGAAUCGGUAUAGAUUAUCAUUAUACAGUUCGCACAAAUAUGUAAUCACCUCACUUGCAUACUUCUAUGCUUUAGAUGUACCUCAGAUUCCUUAUCAAUAUGCGUCAAAAGAUAUAUCGAUCACGAAAACCUCUUGCUCCAUUUCCGUCAAACCCUCUUGUUGGGUUUAGAUUUAGAAGCCAAUACUCUCUUAACUCAUGCUCAAAUAUUUAUGUAAUCUGCCGAUCCUUUUUUUAUUAGUUCACCAGAUUCUUUUUCCAAUUUCUUUUUUUUUCUGGUAAAAAUUAGAUAUUUUGUACUGGAAAAAAUUAUUGAGCUGACACAUUGAUAUAUUAAAAAUAUAUAUAAGAAGAGGCACAUAUAAAACAAGAUGAACAAACCCCACCAUUGAUAUCACCUGACAAGAGUUUGCAGUCAAAUAAAGACAAAGGCUAAAUCUAACUCAGUUACUAGUGAGUUCAUAGAUAAAAUGAAUCUAAAUCUAAAUCUAUGUAUAUGUAGUUAUAUUUUGUAAUAAUAAAUGAAUCUCCAAAUUUUAGCAAAUAUAUAUAUAAAUGAAUCUCUGUAUAUAUAGUUAAACCAAAAAUAUAUUUUCUAGAAUUUUUAUGUUUAUUAAGAAUAUAAUAAAUGUUUAUAUUUUUAAUAUAUUUUUCAAUAACUCAAUAAAAUUAAUCAAUUCGAAUAUUAAUAAUUAAUGUUUUUAAAAAUAUAUAAAAAUAUUUUAAAUAAAAAAAAAAUUUGUGGAACAAUAAUAAACUUUGAAAAGUUUAUUUUCAAAAACGGAAGGAAUAUAUAGUUAAACCAAGGAUAUAUAUAUAUAUAUAUAAUUCACGAUGAUCACGUUUUAUUUUGUCAGAAUAAAUAAUGCUCAAAUUUGAGUCAAAGGGGGCUUGACAAGAAGCAGACGAGAAGUGGCAGAGAGGGUAAUUAAUGUGUGAUGGGACAACAAAAAAAUUACCUCUUGGUUUUGCCAAAUGCAUGUGAUUUUGGUUUUUACACACACUGAGAACAAGUUGGGAAUUGCAAAAUUUAAUUUUAUCACAUACUUAGUCUUGUUUUCUUAUUUUUUUUUAAUUUUUGGAUUAUCCAAUUAUAUAAUUUGAUGACGUUGAAAUGAGUCAUGUGACGUGAAUAUUGUUUUUAAGCCAGUGCAUGAGAAUCAGUUGAGUACAUAUAUAGAAAAUCCUACAGGAAAUAAAAGGAUAUAAUUAUUAUGACAAUUAAAAGUUUAAAACCAUAAGUCUGUAAUGCUUUAUUUUAUUAUAAAGUCAGAUCUGUAUAACUACUUAGGUGUGAUUGAAAAUCACAUAGCUAUAACUUUUCUAGGGAGAAUUAAUUUUUUACUCAUCUCUACUUAUUUUUGCCAAUCAGAUGAAAAUAAUUUUUAUCUCUCUUAUUCUUAUUCUGCCAACUGAUUUUAAUUGAUGAAACCGAAGAACAUACAAAGGUGAAAAUCUAAAUCCGAUGGAAACAAUUUAACAUCCCCGAAAGCAUAACCCAUUAAUUUAAAUAGAGGUAUAUACUUAACUUUAUUACUCACUGUUUUGGAAGUGCGAAGCAAAUUACGCUAAACUUUUUUUCUUUUUUUUUUUGUCUUUAUUACUCCACUAGUUUUUCUCCUAAUUACUGUACAUGACUUAUGGCUCAGUUACUCUAUAAUUAACCAGUCCACACCCUUAGGUAACAACACUCUCCACUUCCAAGUAUUGAACCCUUACCUCCGCAAGCUCACCUGAAACUAUUUCCCUCUCACUUACUCUCAUGUUCGGAGUCACGACAAGACUGGAUGAUCUAAUGGGUACCACAACCACGCCAACCACAAUAUACGUGGACCCACCUCCCCAAGACCAGCCGAGUCAUAGCUCGGACCACCGUUCAAUAGAAACACUCGUUGUCGUGUUAGCCGUCAUCACCAUUUUAUCCGUUUUAGCAAGCAUCUUCGCUCGGCUCUGCGGCGGCCGUCAUUUAUCUAACGCCGGAGACCACGACAUCGAAGGUUGGGUCGAGAGAAAGUGCCGUAGCUGCAUUGAUGCUGGCGUCCUCACGGUCGCCGCACCUCCUCCUCCAGCGACGGCAGCAACAGUGGAGGAGCAGGGUAAGGCAGCAGCCGCGGAAGAGCAAAGCAAGAAGUGAAGUAAGAAAAUGGGUAAAGCUAUAUUCUUCGAUUAAGCUCUUAACAUUAUGUAAUCUCAUUAACUUUUAAGAUGUCAUUUUGUAUGUACCUUAUUCUACGAACAUUGAUUUGAGAUUUUUCUCUGAUGUUUAAUGAUAAAUAUUUGAAAAAACACAAAAAAAAAAGCAAAAGUUCUUGUCAACUUUUAUGUUUAAACCCGUUGAGAUUAGAGACCAACGGCAUUAUAGAAAAAAAAAAGACAUUAGUAUCAUAUUGGAUUAUAAUUAUAUACAUCAAAAGUUUAUU